AUGGCGCCAGGGACUGUGCUGUCAGGGACCACAGCUGCAAAGGUUCCCUCACCUGGCUUUAGCGCUGGAGCGCGGCCAUACCGAUCCCAUAAGGUCAGAGCCUGCGAUUUGUGUAGGAAGCGCAAGUCGCGGUGCACGGUCGAUAUUCCUGGGAAGUCAUGUGUGCUGUGUCGGGUUCAGGGCGCGGAUUGCCACUAUCAAGAUGAUAGCAAUUUAGAUGUCGCUCCCGAGGGUGGUGCGGAUACCAAGAGAUGGUCGGUGGCUGGUCAGAAUCUAGAAGACACGGUGCUGGGAAGAAAAAGAAAGCACACCCCGGACCCGGCGUCGGCUUCUGACAAACGUGUUCAUCCCUAUCAGCCUCCAGAGAUGCCUGGAUUCCGUCGCUCCAACAGUACGGGCCAAAUCCAAGAAGGUGAAUCGAGACGCCAGCGGUUUGACGACGAUCCGCAAAACAAAUCGGUGCUGGUGGUGGGCCCUCUUGUUGCUGAAGAUGCGCAGGUCAUUGAGAAAUUCAUGCCUCCAGAACACUCAACCCAGUCCCCCGAACCCGAUAGUCAUCCAUACAAUGUCUAUUCGAGUGAUCCCAAGAAGCCCAUUUUGUACACUACAGUCACCAGACGAAGGCAGGGCGUACGAAGGGGCAUCCCUCCAGGGGAGAACCAGAAGGAAGUCCUUGAGCAGAUCCUCGGACCCUUCAAGCACGACCUUGUGAGGCUGUUCCUCGACAGGUUCAAUAUCGCGUUUCCGAUUCUUGAUGGCGAAGCAUUCUGGGAGUCUUUCAUCUCAGAAGAUCCCACCGACCCUCCGGCGUCACUGCUCUGUCAAGUGUAUUCGAUGUCGCUCGUCUACUGGAAGCACACGCCUAAACUCGCCUGCCAUCCAAAACCAGACGUUCGGUAUGCAAUAAAUCAGACCGUAGCUGCUCUCCACGAAGACUUUUCGGCACCGGGUCUAUCCACUAUCAGCUGUGCGCUCAUCGACCUAACCGGGCGCCCGAUCUUCUCAAUGACUGGGAACGCUAUUAGCUGCGGGAGAACCGUAUCCCUUGCCCAUUGCCUCGGUCUCAAUCGCGAUCCCAGCAACUGGAAGCUGUCUCGGCUGGAAAAAAAUCUCCGCAUUCGCCUAUGGUGGGGCGUUGUCAUUCAUGACCGUUGGGGAAGUUUCGGACACGGCGUUCCUUCUCAAAUUUCAAAAAAUCAGUAUGAUGUACCAAUUCCAACAAUUGAUGUACUUGUUCCUCCGGCCUUUCGUACGACAGAGCGUGUGAGAGCCGCCCAGUGCCAUAUUGCCCUAUGUCGGCUCACUGAAAUAUUGGGUGAAUUGCUCCCGUUAGUCUACGGACUACAGCAUAAAUUCACUUCGGACACUGUUAAAAAGGUCCGGCAAACCAUCAGACAAAUCAGAAAUGAUUUAGACAUGUGGGAGGACUGUUUGCCAGACUGGUUCAAAUCACCCACUGGCUCCUCAGAACAAAUAUGGGGCUCCAGCAGCAGUUUAAAGCUUUCAUUCCUCGCAGUGAAAAUGCUUGUCAGCAGGGUUGAAUUAAAUGAGGUUAAUAACGCUGAAACUGAUAAUCCUGAAGCCCGUCGCUACUUCCAAACCGAAUGUCGAAGAUCGGCAGAAGACAUAGUUCAGUUCAUCUCAUCAUUACGGAAGGAAAACUUCCAUGAGUUCUGGCUUCCCUAUAGCGCCUUCCACCUGACAUCCACCGCUACUCUACUUGUCCGAUGCGCCCUUGAGACAACCGAUAGCGAGGUCGCCCAAUCAUGCAUCGCACAUGUUGAAAACCUGCGCUCCGUUCUCCGUCGUGUCCGAGAUGAAGAGGACUGGGAUGUUGCAGACAUGUGUAUAGACCACUGCGAACGGAUCCUAAGCAGACUCCCUCGAGUGAACACCAAUACUAACGAGGGCAUGGUCGACGGCAUAAUGAAUAUGCCGCGCUUGGUAAAUCCAGCUGCGAUCUCACUACCCGAGACGCAAACAAACAACGAUAUCGUUGACGACAUGAUGUCCAUCUCUGGAGCGUUCGGUACUAUGGACGGCUUUCCGUUCGAUAUGACAGGCAUAUGGGAUGUGUCUGUGUUCCAAGACGUCAAUUUAACAUGA